AUGUCUUAUCCAACCAUUCCAGCCUACCAAACGCAGGCCAAUGGUGCGGAGAAGCUCUCCCGCGAGCAUCCCGUUCUCGAUUUCUUAAUCGACCAUCAAGAGGCCUUCGAUACUGGCAAGAUGAAAACCGAACCCUACACUGUAUUCCACGUCGAUGAUUUUGUCUUCACAAAGUCUGAUGGCACGGUCCUACCUCCCGGGGAGGCAUCUUGGAAAGGCUUGCUCGAAGGAUACGCUCCAUUCAACAAGCACUACCACGAGGGUCGAUACGCCUGCAUCUACGAGCGCAACGGGAUUUGGGAGAUGGUUGGUUUUGCAAAUGUUUACGCGAAUCUUCUUGUUCCUGGCGAGAAGACAAAGAAGGAUCAGUCUGGUCGUCAGUGGGAUGUCCUUGUGCCGGGGGCAUUUCUCUUCACUUGUGUCAAGGAUCCUACUGGUCCGAAAGGGUUCAAGGUCAAGUCAAUGACUUUGUUUGGAGACGGAGUCCCUGUAGUUGGAGAGAUGAUGAAGCGUGGAAUGGUAAAGGCUGAGGAUCUUGUGAAGUAA